ACUAUAUUCACGCAGAUUGAUUUCGCCGACGCCUAUUUGCAAGUGGAAGUCGACGAAGCUUCGAAAGAACUAUUGACGAUCAACACCCAUAGAGGGCUGUUUCGCUAUAAUCGUCUUCCUUUCGGAGUUAAAUCCGCACCCGGAAUAUUCCAACAGAUCAUGGAUUCAAUGACUGCCGGACUCGAGGGAUGCGCCGCAUAG